GCUUCUCGCCCUCGUACAAACAGCCGGGGAGAGGAGAGAAGAGGAGAGGAGAGAGAGUGAGUGUGUGUGAGAGAGAAAGGGGGCAGAGGGAGAGCGCCCUCGGGUCAGUGGUCAACUUCUCCUGCUGACUGUCACUCGCACAACAGCCGACUUUUCAAACACACAACUUCUCUCUCUCUCCCUCUUUCUGUCAUCGGGCCGGUGAUCACCCUGCACAUUAAUACGGGAGGGAGAGAGAGAGAGAGAGAAGGAGGCUUUAACCGGCCGCUAGCGCCGGGCUGGAGUCUGGGCCGCCGCCACCCGCCCGCCCGCCAGGUCGUGAUCAAGUGAGAAGGAUUUUGAGAAGAUUCAUCUUCAUCACAUCAAUUUCUAUUUUAAUUAUUUGGCACAGCACCAUGAAAGCUAGCAGCAGAAACAAAGACCACUCAGCAGAUGGCGAUGGGACUGGAAAAAGACCAAAACGGAAGUGUCUUCAGUGGCAUCCAUUGCUUGCCAAAAAGAUGCUGGACUUCUCUGAGGAGGAGGAGGAGGAUGAGGAAGACGAAGAUAUUGAUAAGGAUGCUUUGAGCACAGAGGGACUUGAACAUGAGGCAGAUGAGACAGAUGAUGACUCCUCUGAACAGCGAGCUCGCAGGCCAAUGAAUGCAUUUCUUCUGUUCUGCAAACGGCAUCGCUCUUUGGUUCGGCAACAACAUCCUCGUCUAGACAACCGUGGUGCUACAAAAAUUCUGGCAGACUGGUGGUCUGUCUUAGAUCCAAAAGAAAAGCAGAAAUACACUGACCUUGCUAAAGAGUAUAAGGAUGCUUUUCUAAAGGCCAACCCUGGUUACAAAUGGUGUCCAACAACAAACAAGCCACUGAAGAGUCCAUCACCUACUGUCACAACAAGGAAGAAGCUUUGGACAUUUCCAACAGAACCGACAAAGGACUUUCCCAUCAUCAAAAGGGUGGUAAAGACUGAGGAAAUGCCACAAAUCAACUUUGCUAUGGCAGAUCCCACUCAAAUGGGAGGACUCAGCAUGCUGCUCUUAGCGGGAGAACAUGCCUUAACAGCCAAGGAGCCAGGGGUUCCGGAUUCGAAGCAGUGUGGGAAUUCUGCAUUAUUUCAGCUAGCAGAGAUGUGUUCAGACCGGUUGGUAACAGAAGGAGUAAAAACUGAAUCUUCUACAAUUAUCCUGGAAGAUGAGCAUAAGCCUGAGAUCCCCACUGUUAAUUCUCCAAUUGGUACAAAGAAUGACAUUAAUACUAAGCCAAGGGAGUGGAUUGCUAAUGAAAAACCAUUGUCUUUGCUAACUGACAAUUCUAUGACAAGUCUUAACAAAGGUGAAAAAAUUAAGAAAAAGAAAAAGAAGAAAGUUAAACUUGAAUCUACCAAAGCUGAUAAACAGACAUUUAAAAAAAGUGGAAAGAAACGGAAAUCUUCUGAGUCUGACAUAGAUAGUUUAAUGUAUACUAUAGAUGCUGUGGCUAAAGGUGACUGGGGCACUGAAAAGCCUUCAGUAAGUCCGGUAAAAAGUGGACGGUGCUCAGCAAAGUCAACUGAAAAUCAAUUAUACUCUGUCUCCAGCCCACCAAAGAAAAAAAUUAAACCAAAACCAAUAAAAUUAUCUGCUGAGAAAGUUUCAGAAUUCAACAAACACUCAAAGGUGUCUGAUUCUGAGAAGAUUACCACCAGCCCCAUCAAAACUGAAACAUUUCCUAUAACUGAUCAACUACUUUCACAUAGUGCGCUAAGUGAAGUGAAAGGUGAAAGCAAGGAAAUCAACAAAAAAACAGAAGCUUCUGGGUCCAGAAAAUCUGAACGAGCAUGUAAAGGUGCCCUUUACAAGACUUUAGUGUCAGAAGGCAUGUUGACAUCUUUACGGGCUAAUGUUGACAGAGGCAAGAAAGCUUCAGGGAAAGGGGGAUCCUCUGAUCAUGAAGGAUGUUGGAAGGAGGAUGAUUGGACAUUUUCAAAUGUUGGAAGCAGUGGAACCAAAAAGUUGAAAAAAUUGAAACAAAAAGAUGAAUCAGCCCUUGGCUUAGGGAAUCUAGAGCAGGAAUUUGAAAAGAAAUUCAACAGCCUUCCACAAUACAGUCCGGUAACCUUUGACCGCAAGAACUCAACAGUGACGAGGAAAAAGAAGAAGAACAGGAGUGGAUCCACUGAGCAGCUGAAGUGUGAUAAAGGAUCAUCUGCAUCUCAGAAAAUAGUCAGCAAGUUUAAACACCAAAAGGACACACUUCAUUUAACUGAUAAAGCCAUAUUCCCACAAGAUACGAGCUCUGAGGAACAUGCGGAGAAAGCAGAUCAUACACUAUCAAUUCCAAGCAGUCUACUAGCGGUCACACAAGAACCGCUCGUUGGCAGCCAAAAGCGCAAGGCCAGAAAAACAAAAAUAACGCACCUAAUCCGAACAGCUGAUGGACGAUUGUCACCUGCAGGGGACCUAUCAAAGGAGAAGAUGUUAUGUAAACAGGAGAAGAAAAAGCAGCCAGAAAAGACAGAUGCUUUGACUAGUGCAGUCAACUACGGUAGCUCAGAAAAUGAACAGGUUUGCAGUAUUUCACCGGAAGUGCAAACUACAUCAGCUAUCCCAGCAUUCUUCAGUUUAGCUGCCUUGGCAGAGGUUGCGGCAAUGGAAAAUGCACACAGAGGCCAACAUGCAGUUUCUCUGAACCACGAUGGACAGCCCAAGGAAAUGGCGCAAACGGCAGUACUUAUCUCCUGUGCAGACCAAUAAUCUAUGAUUGAUUUGUAUCCCAACAAAAUCUGCAACAGGGGAUGAAUCCGUAAGGCCUGAUAUUGACUGCAUUGUGGGAAUCUCACCUUUCCAUGGCUGGACAGUGCAGGUGGGAGGCACAGUCUGAAUAAUGUCCCAUAGACAGGCUCAGAAUAUAAACAAAUGGGGUUAAUCCAGUUUCCUCAGCUGUUGCACCCAAUCUGAAGACAACUUAGUUAUAUAAAAGAAUUGCUGUUACACAGAACAAAAGGCCAUGAAAUCUACUGGCAACUCUUGCAGUUGGACGCUAUGCGAUUAGAGUGUGAGCUACUCAGAUUUGCUGCAAAUUUUAGCUUUUCUCAAGUAACACUGAUGCACUGUGCUAGUGACUAGAUAUCGUCAAGUUCUCUUUAUUUUCCCUAUUUUUUAAAAAGAAGCACAUUAUGAUUUAAGUUUUACAAAAACUGUAAUCAUGAACUUCUACCUGAUCACUGAAAUGAUGGUGGGAAGAAAGUAUAUUAUUAAAAAUACUUAACAUUUUGCUCAUUACAUUAAGAAAUUUUAUUUCAACAGCAUCUACUUAGUUGAAAAUAUCUCUUAAUCUGUAGUUGAGUUUAAAAGUGAAUCUGCCUCUGAACAGAUGGUACAUUUUUUUUACACACUGUUUUUGCUUGAGUUUUUUUUCCAUAACGACUUCAUACCUAUUGUUUUCACUUCAUAUUGCUAAACCUCACUGACCCUGCAUUGGGCCAGUUUACUGGACAUGACUGUUUUCCUAUAUACUGUCAAGAUAUGUAAAAUAAUUUGCUUAUUUUUUUAAGCAAUUAGGCACUAAUAGUGGCAUAAAUCCUGUAAGCUUUUUAGGUUCCAACUGUUGCACUGCUGUGUUUUUACAGUGAAUGAUUAUUACGAUGGUUGUAGGGUUACUAAUUCAGCAAAUUACUGAAGAGAAAUUCAGGUUUUAUUUCAGGUUGCAGAAGUAUAUCAGCACAAAGAAAUCAACAUCUUCUGUCAGACCAACAGCUAGAAUUACUGAUGUUUUGUACUACUUUGUUUAAAUGCAAAAUAUUUUAUUCCUUAUAUUAGUUGAAGAUCAUGUUACCAGAAUGGGAAAACAACUGGGGAUUACAAAGAACAUUUCAAAAUAGUUGUUCAAAUUUUAAGGAUAUUACUCUACAGUCUCAAACACAGUUCUUACGCAGUUCAGUGAAGUCACAGUAAUACAGAUGUAAUUAUAAGCUAUGGGUUGUAUUUUAUGGUUAUUAGUUCAACAUCUUGAUACCGAUAAUCCUGAAAAUAGAUUAAUACUGUGCAACCAGUAGUCUAUUUUCAGGACAUUCACAAGGAUUAUUUAAUAUUUAAUAAGCACCACAGAAUGGAAUAGUACAUGCUGUUCACAGAAAUGAAACUUGGUUAUUUUAGUAAAUUUUUAUUGGAAUUUGCAACGAAAUAGUACAGUUAAAAUGAAACAAAUUUUUCCAGAGCAUUCCUACUGAUUAUCUAAACACUUUUUUUCUGGACUAGGUCUGAAUUAAUCUUAAAUUUGGUGUGACACCUAUAACAGAGAUGUUAACAUGGGCUCAUUUAGCCUUUGUACUGUACUAAUUUUAAUACAUUUUUUGACAAAAUGAUCAUAUGCCCUACAAUUUACAUUUGUGAAAUUAAACUUCUGAUUUAAAAUUUAAACUUCCAGGAUUUAUGUUUUAGAUUGAUAAGUAGAAUUAAUGAAUCAGGCGAGUGACAGAAUGGCAAAGGGCUUAUGUGCAUGUGCCAUUAUUUCAGAGUUCUAAAAUAAGAUGCACUUAACAGUUCCUUUAAUAAAAACCUAUUAUAGAUUCAAAAGUAAUCUUGAUUGUCAGGUUAAUGUGCUUUUUCAAACUCAGUAAAGGAACUUGACUUGGCCUUGUGAACUAGACAGAUGCUUUGAAGAUCGAAAGUGUUUGCCUCAAAGAAGAUUUGUGGUAAUGUUGGUCAUUCUCAGGACUUCUAAAAGUGAUUUAAAAACUUUCAGUAAUGCCUUAAAUGGUACAAGCCAUCAUGAUCCUGUUUUUAUUUAAAUUUGCACUCUUGUGCUGUAUUUGUUAAUUAUACUGACAGUUCUACGUUGUAUCUUUACCCCAGGUAUAAUCUGCUAAUAGUGAGGCACAAAUAAAACUAAUGCUGAGGACUUGUACCAAAUAUAUGACCAAUGAUGUCUUCCAACAGCAUGUGCCACAGAGCGUAAUAGUAUGUGGGCAGCAGAUGAAACCAGAAGUAAGCUCACCACGUUAGUUCUGCAGUGAAAUCAUAGUGAAGAAGAGAGGUUGGGGAUGCAUGGGGAAAACAGUAGCUGCAGUUAUAGGACCUGGUGGAGGAAUCGGGAGGGAAUUUGAUUCUCUACAGAAUGCAAAGCACAGAAACCUGAAUACAUCUAAUUGUACGACUCAGAUAAGAGAAAUAAAUAUAUACUUCACUGUUCAAAAAAACUUCAGCUACUAGAGCAUGUAUUGUUUUCUUAUUGGAAAUGUACAACUGACCGCAGGAUUCACUUAAAUGUUGUGUUAGUUUAUGGUUCAUAUUUCAUCUUUGAAUACUUUGGGAAGGUCAUAAAAAUGAUUAGUAAGUUCUAAACAUUGCCCAAAUACAUGAAACUGGUUCACCUGGAUCUGCAAAUAUCAUCCAUCAAAUCCUUUACCAAAGUGAAAUUUUUGCUGCAAAGACAUAAUCCCUAGGAUGAGUUGUGGAACUGGCACAUCAGCAAUAGGGAAUUUAAUGUAUCAGAAUUGUUGAUUGAAUUGCAAUACCAAACUAGCCAUAUAUAUUUUCGAAAGCUAUGGCUGUAUUACUGUAUUCUGGGCUUCGGUCUUAACUGCUGACACAGAAGAUAGAUGCACUUUUCUCAACCAACAAUAUAUGAAACUGUAAAACAUCCCAAUUUUACUUUGAGCGCAAUUUGAAAUUUGCCAUUAAUUUUUCCAGUCACAGAGUACAGGCUAUGAUUAGGCAUAAAGUAGCUGGAACACUCCAUCCUGGUAACAUGAUUCUUUAUACAAUUGUAUGCAGCUUUAUACAAUAUUUUGUUUCUCUUUUCACUCUAGCUGUAAAUAACAUCUGUUAAAGUUUUGUGAAAUUGUCAUCCUUCGCUUGUCAUUAGAAAUAUUGUCUUUUCCUUGUUGUAGAAACCAGCUUCUGCCCAAAGUCUAGCUAAUAUUUAAAAAUGGAGAAGUACACAAAAGUAACUGUAUUUAAAUGUUACAAUGCUUUUUCACAAAAGUUGAGUAUAAUGAUAAAAAUGUCUACUUUUUAUGCCUGACCAAGUAGAAUACAAUUCAUUGUAUUUUUGCAUUAAUUUGUUUGUUUUACUGUUAAGUGACGUUUCCAUGACAUUGAUAAGUGGGGUAUGGAGUUUAAUAGUGAGCUCCUCCUUUGAAUUAUAGAAAGAGAGUGUGACUAUUUUGAAGUAUAGCUUAUUGCACUUGAUAUCACUUUUUUAGCAUGUGAAAAGACUGCAAAAUUUGAUCACCAAUGUAGAGAAGUGUGAGUUCCUAAACCAGGUAAUGGAAUGCCUAUCAGUUGUCCUAUUCUGGAAGUGUACCCAUUUGCUUACAAAGAGCUUUACUAUUCAUGGAUUGAACAAAGCAAAUAACAGGGAGAAUUAAUGAAUCAUAUCUGUAGAAUACUGCUUCUGUUUUCACUACAGUAAAUUGUUAUGUGAGAAGCAGUGGGAAUAGCAAGAGCUAUUAUAGACUGAAUGUACUGUUCUUGCCACCGUUGUGCAGUAGGAUGGAUAUCGCUGGGUUUUUCAUUGUGGCUCAAUCUUUCCUGAAACAUUAGCACACUUAAAUUUUGCCCACUGUGCAUAUUUGAAUGGACACAUCAUGCGAAACUUGGGUCUGUGCCAGAAAUCUCUCCAGGUUUCUACUCCAAUGCCAUAACCUUAGAAGUUGUUUGAUGAAUACCCUGUAAAAAUACAGUUCUGUGGGAGUAAAUGUAGGAAGGCCCACAGUAGAAAUUUAACAGCCAGGCAAUUAACACUGAUGUGCACUCAACUUCAUUACCAUCUUUAAACAAACAUAUUUCUUGGGGAUCUGUUUUGUUAAAGAUUUGAUACUUGAUAUAACUAUUGGAAAAAUUCAUAGAACAUUUAUACAUUGGGAUUACAUAUUACCAAAUUUCAUUUUGAUCAUUUUUAAAAUGCUGAAUCAUCGAAGGUUAGUUAUUAAAUCAGUUCAGAAAUUAUUUCUGCAUAGAGAACAUCCUAUGAUUAUAUUUCUUUUAAGUGAGUUGCAAUAAUAGUUACGUAAGGCUUCUAAUGUGUUCCUCCUGCUGGAAUUGUUUGUGUAACUAAAAUGAUAUAAUGAUCUGCCAAUCUACAUGGUAUUACAAGUUACACUGUUAGUUUUAGCAACCUAAGAUUUUCCAUUAAUCUGCAUGGGAAUAGUCCAGGCAAUUUCAGUCUGAUAUGUACAGAAGAUUUAUCUAAUCCUUGAUUUAAGUGUUUUAUUUACAAAGCAUCACAUGCAUAAUUUAUAGUAGCAUAUUUUAAAUAGCUUUUGGUAUUAAGAAAUGCAAUAACCAAUCACUUUUUCUAUUGUGAGUACAAUGAAUGAGACAGUUAAGGGUAGAAUUGUAUGUAUAUUUGGAGUUCAUCCUCCUGUAGAAGAGUUAGAAAGCAGUCGAGCAGUCUUAAAGGCAUAACUCUAUUACCUACAUACAAAGACAAAAAAAGACUAAUUUUGAUUGCAAACAUUUAAAUUUGUUGAAGACCAAGUUGAUAAGUCACUCAAUUUUUCAAAGCCUGUGUCAUAAAAAUGAAUAAUAAUUUGUUAAACUGAGCAUUAAUAGGUUUAUUGUUAAAGAUUACUCUGAAUAAGAAUGGAAAUGGCAGCACAUUAUUAUUGUCAAGUAACUAAUAAUCAUUCAGACAAGAAAUCCUGGGAUAUUGAUCUAAUUUCAUUGUAGAUGUGAAAAUAUGCUUUCUAGAUGGAAUUUCAUAAUUCAGAUAUAACAUGCACAUCUUUAUUGUAGAUGAUUAUUUUAAAUAUUAGAACUUUAACAGAUAAUAUAAUGUAAUUUCUUUUUUACCUUCUAUUGUAAGGCAUAGCUUAAGAAACUCAAAAUGUGCAGUGUCUGGAAGACAAAUCUCUGGCCUUAAAAUUACUUAAGUUUUUCUUAAAUUGGAAUAGCAAACAAAGACAGCUUUACAAAAUUUAAACUUUUUAAUAUUGUUAUGUCUUAGUUAUAAUUGCUGCAGUAAUGAUGUAGCCAAAGGGUUCAUUUGUAGUAGUAUUUCUUACACAUUGUUUGAAGUUGAAUGAAGAAAAUGUUUACUUUUUAAAAUAUAUAUAUAUUGAAAGGAAAAUAAGUCUACUGACCUAGUUGUGUCUACCAACUAACAUCUUUUAUAUUGUACCUAUUUGGUCACAGGUUGAAGCCUUGGCCACAGUAAACUAGUCCAGUAGAAAUCCCAAAUAACAAGAGGAAUACAAUGAUAAAACAUUGUGUAAUGUACCAUUAAAAGCAUGGAGUGUGGCCUAAAAAGGGAGGCAGGAAGCUGUAAUGCACCUAAUCUAUUGACCAAAUGUAUGAUGCAAUUUAAUAAUUUAUAAAUGUUUGUUUUUGGCCAAUUAAAAUGAUUUCAGUAGUAUAUUUGUAAAUGGUGGCUCACCAAGUAGGCUGAAAUAUUUAAUUUUUUUGGAAAGGGGUAGAAUGAUGUAAUAAUGUACAGUUGAUUUUAAUUUUAAUACCAAAAAUGCAGGGAUGUUUUCUGAUUCACAAGAAGUAUUAAAGGAAUUAUAUUUCAUUAGAAUAAAAAGCAAAUUUAUAAAUACAGUAGACAGUCUGAAUUAUAUUUACUAACUUUGAAGACCAGCAUAAAUUUCUGUCAUUAUUCGAACCAUUAGGGUUUAGUUAAAACAGUUUAAAGGAAGAUCAGCACCUUGCGCACUCAUUCCAGACCAACAGAGAAAUGUUUGGGCAUACUUAUAAUAAUUGUUAAUUGUUUUUGAACUUCAAAUUAACAUUUCUAAUGUUUAAAUUAAACAAGGCUAUUAAUGGCAAUAUGUGUUUAAUGCUUAAGAAAAUUAAUAUCAGACCAUUUGAAAUAAAUAACUGAAUUAAGAGCAGACUAUGCACACAAAAUUGCAUUGUCUGCAGUUUCAAUUUUAUACAUUCAAGGCACUUGUUGAAAGACAGAAUAUGUCUAUUUUAUCCUUGAGUUGAUGAAAUAAAUCAAUUAUGGAGCACAAGAAAACUUUAAUUUAGUUUAAUUUUUCAUUGUCUUUCAAAAAUGAUCACAUAGUAAUUUUGAUUCCAAUUAAAAUUUAGUCUGGAGGGCUUGUUUAAAUAGUGCUAUUACAAUGUCAUUCUUUUAAAUGAAAUGCCAACCACCAACCAACAUAGAAGUUACUGGAAAUAUUUGGACCACUCCCUUUUAAAUGUUAGUUUGAUGUGAAUUUCUAUUCCAUCUGAGAGCUGGGAAGAAUGCAUUGGUGAGCUUUGAGGAAGCUAGGUCACUGUCACUGAAUGAACCAAUAAUUUUGAUAUUAACACUGCAUUAGGAAAAGACCAUAAUUUUUUGAGAUCACAAUCAACAAUUCUUCCCUUCAGUAUUUGGAGGUCUUUGGUGAUCCAGAUACUUUAAAUCAUUUAUACCGGUAAAACAUAGGUUCAGAGUUUCAGGUGUGUCACUGUAAUCAUGAAACCAAUAGAGCCAUUAUGGUAGUGUUUUGUUGGCAAAUAAUCCAUUUACAGUUUGAAAACUCAUGAAGGGACUGAUCAAAUUCAUGGAAGGCACUUUAUACAUACCUUCAUUCAUAGAAACAUCUAAGGUAAUUAAAAACAUGAUAUUUCCUUUAAUAAUAUUACUCAUACAGACCCAAAGAUCAGAGUCUGAGCCUAACCACUCUGCUCAGUGCUGGUUCCUCCUCCAUAAGCUUACUUAACAGGCACUUUGGAUGUUGUUGACUCUGUUAGCAGACUCCCAAAGAGCAGGACAUUCAAUGGCUAAUAAUCCUCCCGUCAGUUCUGAAGCACCAAGAUACACUGAUGCUUAAAAGAAAAACAGCUAACCGUCAGUGUCAUCUUGUAACUUGAUCCAAAUACAAAAUCACAAUGUUUGAAAGGGGCUAACUGUGGUUCCUAAGACGAUGACUUUUAAAAUUGCUUGUAGGCUUGGUACACAUUAGAAAUGCACAGAGCAGUGAUGAUGUUGAUGAUCCUCACUAUACUGAAAUAUUUGCCUUUUUUUUACUCUUGUUGCAGGCAACAAAGUAGAUGAAGUAGCAUUUAACUGCACCGUUUAAUGGAGUACCACAGUUCAUAAUAUUAAUUGAAAGGGUUAAUAGUAUGGCUGAAAGUCAUUGCUAAGUCUUGCAAGGCACUGUGGUUCUAAGCUAUUCAUUUAAACAUACUUGCGGUAACUGGGAGACUGCUAUAGGUUCCUGAAAGAGUAAUGCCAGUGACGUAUAAUUUCAAAAACAUGAAGCAAAAUUCUUGGUGAUGUUAGGAGAUCCCUAUUACAUGAGAAUUAGUUCUUGUUACAGAAGGUGCCUGUGUAUAUAGCUCCUUUGUAUUGCUUUGAGCAGAGUCCCUUAUAUAUUUCUUACUAAUAUGCUCUGUAGAAAUUGAAUUCAGAAAUUUUACUACUGAUAAUUAAGAGUUUAAAGCCACUAAUUAUAUAAAAGUUGCAUAAUUUGACAGAUGAUCAUUUUAUAUUGCGUACUGUUUAUUGCCUGUCUGUUUAGUUUUGUGAUUGAAACACAGUUUUCCUUUUCACUAUGUUAUAAUGCUGUAUGCUGCUGCAGUGUUAUUCUCAUUAUUUCCAAGCAGGCAAUAAAGCAUAUUGUACAGUA